AUGAGAUUAAGAAAGCGUCGACAAUGCUUUCCUCCUUGCUCUUCUCUUCACAGAGUUGAUGAGGAUGAAGUUUACUGGAGACAAAAGAAGGGCGAUGAAGAGUUGGAAUGGACACACAGUUCCACUCACGUAAUAUCACAGUUGGCUCAAUAUUUGUCUUUUAUGAUUGUAGCUAAUGCUAUGGUAGGAUCGCGAUCAUGGAUAGGAGGGCUCUUUAAUCGCUUCAGCAAUAGACGUAAUGAGAAAUUUCUUGACUACCCUUUGACUCCUAUUCAGGAACAGAGACUUCAAAAGCUUCAAGAACGACUACAAAUACCUUUUGAUGAGACUCGUCCUGACCAUCAGGAAGCUCUCAGAGCAUUGUGGCACCUUGCAUUUCCUAAUGUUGCUCUGAAAGGCUUGAUCUCUGAGCAGUGGAAAGAAAUGGGGUGGCAAGGCCCUAAUCCAUCAACAGACUUUCGGGGUUGUGGUUUUAUCUCUCUAGAAAACUUGCUGUUUUAUGGCCGAACUUAUCCGGCAUCUUUUCGUAGGUUAUUAUUUAAGCAAGAUGGAAAUCGAGCAACUUGGGAAUACCCAUUCGCUGUUGCUGGCAUCAAUGUAUCUUUUAUGUUGAUUCAGAUGUUGGAUUUAUAUUCAGAAAAACCAAAAACUCUCCCAGGAUUCAAUUUCAUAAAACUAUUAGGAGAAGAUGAAGAAGCCUUCGAUGUACUAUAUUGUAUGGCUUUUGAAAUGAUGGACGCUCAGUGGCUUGCUAUGCGUGCUUCCUACAUGGAGUUCAAUGAGGUUUUGCAAGUAACACGCACACAACUUGUGAGAGAACUGUCUUUGGAGGAUGUGCAUAAAAUAAGGGAUUUACCAGCAUACAACUUGUUAUAUCAGUAGCUCUGUCAACCGUUCUUUGGAGCCACCAAAAAUGCUAGUCAUUCUUGUAUAAUUUUGCGAAUGAUAGGGAUGUUUCGAAUUUGAUUGCUAUUAACUGACUUGUUAAAGACUUGAAAAAUGUAUUCAAGGGCAGGUUUUGCAAGGCUUUGCAGCUGAUGAGAUUCGCACCCUAAAACGAACACUGCAGAAGCUUAAGCCGUUGAGGCUGCGAAGGCACUGGAUCAACACUAGCUAUAUUAUCAGAUUGGGGUAGAUGAAGUGCUAGUAUUCAAUGCAAUACAUUUUAGCUUUCACAGGGUUCUAAAUUUUCUUGCCACCAGCAGGCACGAGGACAGUAAACGUCUCAAGUUACGGAAUUAAUUUGCCAUGCUGCAUCCUUUGCUGUUGGUUCUUUUCAUGAAUAUGCAGAAAGCUUCAAGAAUUUGGAUUCCUGAAGACUCUUUGGUGACCUAUUGCAAUUAGAU